UUUACUUAUCAUGAAAUGUAUGCAACCCAUUACAAAGAGCACAAGAAGUAUCGGUGUCAGCGAAGGCAGCAGACGAGGCGCUGCGCCGGACUGAAGAAGGAAGCUCAUGUGCCGGAGGUGCGGCCAGUACGCCUGCAUUUAGUUACCUUCUCUAAAAAAAUACGAGAAGGAAUGGCCAGGAACAGCUACAGAAACUUCUUACGUUUGUUAGAAAAGUGGCCUUUGGACGAGAGCAAGAAAGGGGGAAGGGACCUGGGAGAACACCUGCGCAUCAGAGUGUCAGAGGCAUUUAGACUUGGUGAUGCUACUCCCACAGAUGAAGCAGAUUGCCAGAGGGUCUGCGCUUCUUUAAAUCGCAUAGCAAACAAUAGUUAUGCUACAAGAUAUCCUCGUAAAUUAACCAGUACAUCAACAGGGGUCACAGUUCAGGAGUGUCAUCAGAUUGCCUCAACAGAGUUUCUAAAAGCAAUCGAAGAAAGCGAUAAAGGAUUAUUAUCGGGCAUGUUCAAGUAGAGAUAAUUGU